AGAUAUCCAUAUUAACAAUGUUAAAAAUAAAAGAAAUUACGAGAAUGAAAAUCCAGAGACACUAGAAGUCCCAAUAAAAAAAGUCAAUAUAUCAGUCGGCAAUGAUGGUUCCUUAUCAGAAAAUAAUGAAUAUGAAAAGCAUCAUGAGGAAGAUGAAAAAAUAAUUUCAUCAGAGGUAAAGAGUAUCAAAUAUCAAAUAGGAUUUGAAGAGGUUGUAGGAAAUGCUUGCGAACAUGAAGAUAAAAAAUGGAGUGAGAUAGAGAAAAAAUUCUUAAGUGCAUUGCGAGAAUAUGGAGCUGAUAAAAAUGAUUUUAACAAGACCGAAACAUUAGAGAUUCUUGUGUAUA